AUGUAAAAGGUAUAAAUUAUUCUUAUUAAUUCAGAAAGAUUAUGGUUUUGGUGGGGAUGAAAAAGUGAAGAAAAUUAAUAAUGAACAUUAUGAUGAGGCGAUUGAAUUGGAAGAUAGAGAUGAUGGAGAAAUUGGUAGUGGUGAAGAAGAUGAAGAUUAAUGUAACGUUUUUACCUACUAUUCUAUUAGAUUAAGCUGGUGCUAGAGGAGCCCAAUAAGCUGCACAAAGUGUCGGGUUUUAAGAAGGAAAGGUUCCUUUACCUGCUAGUGCUUACAAUUCAAAUGAUUAUUUAAAUUUAUAAGUAGGUGCAGAAGUCAAAUAAUUGUUUGAGGUAUUUCUAUUUUUAAUUUAAGAUACAAAGCUCCUUAAAUGGUUUUGGAUGCAAAAUUAAAACCAUUUAUUCCAGAUUAUGUAACUGCUAUAGGUGAAGUUGAUGCGCACAUAAAAAUACCAAGACCUGAUGGCUAACCUGAGACACUUGGUUUGUUACAUUAGUAAUCUAUCUAUAUAAUUUUAAGGAUGAACCUACUCUUAAUCAAUCUAAAAAGGCUAAAUUAGAUUUAUUGA